GAUAUCUGUAUCUUGAUUCUUGGAUAUCUUUUAGUUGCCGUAGCAAUUUCUUCUUGCGUUUGUUGCUGCUUUUGGUGAAUCUUGAAUCUUCUGUUCUGCGCUUGUUGGUCGUGAUGAAUUUGGAUUAGAUGGAAGAUGAAGAUGCUCCUUUUCGUGUCGAAGAAGAACAGAACGAUUCCUUUGAACACCAAGAUAGAAAGAUCUAUCCACGAUGGCCUUUGGGUUCUAAUUCUGCUCUAAUGUUACCAUCAUCGUUUUUCUUUUUUUUUGAUGUCCUGUUUGAUGUCUUUUACUAAAAGAAUUGAUUUGAUGGUUGAAUUUGAAUCCUCGGAGCUGUGUUAUGCUACAUGCUGAUCUGUAUUUCCAUCCAUGUCCUUACCUGCUAUAUCUGGUUUGCUUAUGGCCUUAAAACAACCAUAGUGCAUGCAUUCUUUUCUCCCAAUCAGUGUUUAUUGGGGAAUAUGAUUUCUCUGGAUUUUUGUUUAUUAUUAGCUCUACAUAUCAGAAAUUUAAUCUUUAUUUAUAGUCUUUUCAUCGAUUUCAGAAAUUUUUUGAAGGUUUCUCCUUCCAUUUGGGCUCUGGAAGUCGUAAAGCAGGGCCCUAUCUUGCCUAACUUUGCUAUGGCAUUGGUUAUUAGUGUUUUCGCUGUGGCAUGGAUGGUUCCAAGGGUAGAAGGACCGCUACCGGAAUAAGUUUUUCCAGAGGUGGUUGCAUUAUUACUCUUAGAGAACAAAACUACCAUGAUAGAAGUAUCCGAUGCUGUAGCCGGUUGGGAUGUAGUGCUAGUCUCUAUGCCAUGAAAGGCACCCAGGUAGGAAAACAGGACAGAGCUUCCUUCCACUCAGGACCGUGUCAAUCGUUAUCUGCUAAUGGUUUUAGAAAGCCUCAACGAGGACAAAGAUCCAGUUGUUCUCGUGAAGAAGCAAAUGUUGCAGAAAGCCGUAAUACCCGAAGAGAUAGUGAUAAACCCAAAAGUGGUAGAAGAUUCACAGGUAUAAAAGAUUCAGACUCCAACCGAAGUGUAGAGAAUAAAAAAGACUUGCACUCUGUCCCUUUAAGUCCAUUAGUUGGAUCUGCAAAGCUUCGCUGCUCAUCAGAUAGUGCAACUGGAGGAGUGGGGUCCAGCAGGAUGAAAUUGAGAGCAAUAACAUCUAAGGAAGCCGCUAGACAGCCUAGAUAUCGUUAUAUAGAAAAUUCGAGUGCAUCUGGUUGCACCAGCAUGAGUCAUGGGGAUGCUUCACAUGAUAUGGCAUCCAGGUCAGAGGUCUUUGGUGUGGAAAAUCCUAGAGGAACAGACAUAUCCAAUGUUCUUGCACCAGAGUGUAGCUCUGCUGAUUCCAGAAGUAGCAGAGCAGAUAAUAAUUUAAGAAUGAGAUCCCUCAAAAGGGGAAGUUCAUCUUUCAGAGGCAGAGGCCGAAUCCCAUCCUCAAAUGGAUCAAAUCCAGGUACUUCAGACCUGAGUGUAUCUCUUCCGGAGCAUUUAAUAUCUUAUCAAGCUACAAGAGGAUCCAGAAACCAAUCUACCAAUAAGGUUGUUGUCUCAGUCAGAACAAGGCAGCCACCUAGGGGUGAUACUAGAAUAAGACCAGUAGGACAAGUAGCUGAGUCCAUUUUGGCACCAAUGCCUCUAACUGUUACCCAACAGUCACAAUGUGAAUCAGGAGCUAUUCCUCAAAGUUCAUCGAGAUCAUCUGCAGAUUUUCAUCAUUUUUACCAGAAUAUACAUGGAGAUCCUGGAACCAGCCCUCAGAUUGCUCCUAGGAGACAAAUUCAUGAAUCUGCAGCCAAUCGCCUGCAUAUAUUUGAUGCUCUUUUACAAGAUAGAGAUGGCUAUCCACACUUAAACAUGGAAGGAGUUGCUGAGGUGUUAUUGGCACUUGAGAGGAUUGAACAAGAUGAAGGGUUAACACACGAGCAAUUAUUGGCCCUUGGCAAUCAUUUAUCUUUGGAUAGCCGAAGUUUCCAUGACCAGUACAGAGACAUGAGAAUGGACAUAGAUAAUAUGUCAUAUGAGGACUUGUUAGCCCUGGAAGAGAAGAUGGGUACUGUGAGCACAGCUCUCACAGAGGAAGCUUUAUCAAGGUGCUUGAAGAGAAGUCCCUACAUGUCUGCCUCUUUGAUCUCUGGGAUCUCUGGACGUGACGAGGAUGAAGUCAAAUGCAGCAUAUGCCAGGAGGAAUUUGUCAUGGAAGACGAGGUGGGGGAGUUGGUGUGCAAGCAUACGUACCAUGCAGCAUGCAUCCGCCGAUGGCUUCAGCUAAAGAACUGGUGCCCUAUCUGCAAAGCCUCCCUCUUGUAAUAAAGCCUGCCCUCAAGAAAAGAUGUGGUAUUUAUUCUUAUGCAUUGGCCAAUGAAAGCUUGCAUUUCUUCAGCUUUCAAUGGGGACACAAUAAACCUUGUGUGUGUGUGUUAUGGCCUUCAUCACGAAUGCGUUCCUUUCUUGGUUGGCUGGAAAACCAUACUUACCGAAACAGAGUAUAUUGCAACUUUCUUUUUUUAUAA